CACCCAUUAAAAAGCUCUCUCUCCCUCUUUCUAGAGAUCAAGUGAUAAUUUGUCACUUUUUGGGUUCCAUUUGCCAUUAAUUGUGUAGGUAAAUGGGUUGCAAGUUCUCAGACAAGCCAAAGCCUAAACACAGGAAGGGCUUAUGGUCACCUGAAGAAGAUCAAAAGCUUAGAAAUUACGUCCUCAAACAUGGACAUGGCUGUUGGAGCUCUGUCCCCAUUAACGCCGUGCAUGCAGGGUUGCAGAGGAAUGGGAAGAGCUGCAGAUUAAGGUGGAUAAAUUACUUAAGACCAGGUUUAAAGCGAGGGAUGUUUUCCCUUCAAGAGGAAGAAACAAUCCUCAAUCUCCAUCGCUCGUUAGGCAACAAGUGGUCUCAAAUGGCACAACAUUUGCCUGGAAGAACGGAUAAUGAGAUAAAGAACUACUGGCAUUCCCAUCUGAAGAAAAAAAUGCUCAAAGCUGAAGGAACGGAAGCAACUAACGGGAGCCCAGAUAAUAAUAUGGAGUCAUCUCCUUCUCCAAGAAAACCGACGGUGCAAACUCCAAGUAAUGAAUCAUUUGGCAACAUGGAAAAAUCACCACCUGGUGAUACAGAUCAAUAUGUUCCACAGUUCUUCGAGUCUCCUAAUGAUAAAAACUAUUUUCCUAAACUUAUGUUCGCCGAAUGGCUUUCACUUGACAGCUUUUCAAGUUUAAGUGAUCAGCCACUAGUUUCCAAGGCUGCCAGCUUCGAUCAUGGGUCCUGUGGCUUUCAGGAAAAUCUCAUGCAAAGCUAUUUGUUGAAUAAUCAGUAUUAUUAUGAUUCGCUUAGUGAUGGCUCGGUCUCAGUCGCUGGUGAUGACAUGUUCAGUUCACAGUUCAAAUUUGAACACCAGAGUCCAGGAAACGAAUUCGUUGAUUUUCGCUCUAGAGAGGAUAUAUAUAUAUGUAGCGACUUCAGUCCCAAGAACGAUGAUGCACAUAUGAGCAGAGGAGAUAAUUCAUUUUCAAAGCUACUCAAGGAAGAAUAAUUUCUAUACUUAAACUAGGUAUAUCACCAUUUGAAGCAGCUUGUACGACUUGUAGAUGUUAUUCUUCCAUUUGGAGACACCAUCAAAUAAUAAUCACAACUUCUUCUCGCAUGUCAAAUUACUAAA